GCGUACUCUGAGGGGAAGCAAAAAACGACCUGAACUGCCACACACGAGUAAGAUGGAAAAAUGUAUCGCUGUUUAGUGCAGUCAACAGCCUUGGGCAACAAAUAUGGCUUCUUGUGCCUUUUUCAAUAUGCUAUAAAAAUUGAUCUCCCGUGCAACCUAACGCCGUGGUGGCUCCGGCGAACUUCUGCAAGCCGCGAUAAGUUAAGUUCAAUAAUCGCUCGGUACUUUUGAUCGGUAAGGAUAUUACACCCACUUGGCCGUCUGGGUUAGCUGGGAAGCUACGGAACUACAGCGGAUAGCAAUGGAGCCAAAGCACAAAGAGUUGCUAGACCAGUGCCACCAGAACUUAUUGGAGUCCAUAACAGAUGCGGACCGAGUGAUCGAGCUGCUGAUAGUUUCUGGUACCUUGAGUCAACUCGAUAGGUUCGAACUGGACCAGAACUGUUCGUCCAGCGCCGAGAAAGUAGACCACCUUUUGAAGAUGCUGAUGAACAAGGAGAGCGACCAUUUCCUCGACCUGUGUGUGGCCCUGGAGAAGGCAUACCCUGACCUGUAUACUGCCCUGUUCAGCAACAACGGCGGUGGACCUGUGGACCACUCCACCGGUUCCACAUACAGCGUUCUGUCCACCAUGCCCUCUGACUCCGAAAGCAGUAGCUCCCUCAGUAGUGUUGGUGGUGAAGCGUCCUCCCCGCCCCCAGCCAUCAAUGACAACCGGCCAUCCGGUGACAACUUGGAUACCAUCUUGUUCCAGCUCCGCCAGGUGACCAGGGAGAGGGAUGAGCUUCGUAAGCGUCUGGCGUUGGCAUCGCCCGGGACCACCUUCGAUGACUGCAGGCCAAAUUCCAAAGCCAGUCAUGAUUAUGAGCGUCUGAAAAGCCAGUGCAUGAGGGCCAUGGCGGAUCUGCAGUCUCUCCAGAACCAGCACACCAAAACACUCAAAAGGUGUGAGGAGGCUGUAAAAGAGGCUGACUUCUACCACAUGUUGCACAGCCGCGUCCUGGGCGAACAAACACAGCUGAAGGAGGAGAUGGAGACACUCAGGAGGGACAACGCCCAACUUGUCCGAGAGCACAACCACCUUAAACAGAACUGCGAGGAGCUCCAACGACUGCACAGUCAAGACCAGAAGGAAUUGGCAGACCUCCGGCAGCAGCAACAGCAGGUAAUGAGAGAGAAAGGCUCAUCAGAGGUGUUGAACAAACUGUAUGACACAGCCAUGGACAAGCUGGAGGGCGUAAAGAAGGAGUACGACGCCCUGAGCAAGCGCUACAGUGAGAAGGUGGCGAACCAUAACACAGACCUGAGCCGCCUGGAGCAGGCCGAAGAGGAGAACCGGCGGCUGCAGAAGCAGCUGGAUGCAUUGCUCAAGCAGCGCGACUCAGCCGUGCACUACCAGCAGCAGUACUCCACCUCCAUGAGAAGGUUUGAUUCAGUGCAGCUGGAGCUGAACAAGUCCUCGGCCCAGAACAAGGAGCUGCAGAGAGAGAUGGAGCGCCUGCAGUCGGAGGUGACGCGCUACAAGAACCUGCAGCUGAAAGCAGCCAAGGACUGCGAGAAGUACAAGGAGGAGAGGGACUCUGUGUUCAACGAGUAUCGUCUCAUCAUGAGUGAGAGGGACCAGGUGAUCAAAGAGCUGGACAAGUUACAGACGGAACUGGAGGCAGCCGAAGCCCGGCUGAAGAACACCUCCUCAGAGAGAGUGGUGGCCAGUGAAGAGUUGGAGGCGCUCAGACAGGAGUUGAACUCAUCACUGGUGGACCGCGACAGGGCCAUCUGCGAGAGGAACGAGCUGCUGGAGAAGUACUGCCACGAGGUGAAGGACAAGGCCGAGGCCCAGAAGGAGCUGAGCCAGGCCUGCAAGGACAUCGAGACGGUCCGGGAGGAGAGGGACGUGGCCCGCAAGGAGAGAACGGAGGCCAUCAUUCAAAGGGAUCAGUUACUCCGAGAGUACUACCAGGCCAGACAGAAACAAGAUUCGGCCACCCUGGACAUGGAACGAGCCAAUAAGGAGAUUGAGAUGCUGAGGAAACAGUACGAGGCCAUGUCUCAAGAACUGAAGGAGGCCUCACAGGAGGCUGAGGUGGCCAAAUGUCGCCGGGACUGGGCCUUCCAAGAGAGGGACAAAAUAGUGGCGGAGAGGGAGAGCAUAAGGACUCUGUGUGAUAAUCUACGGCGGGAAAGGGACCGGGCAGUCAGCGAUCUGGCCGACGCCCUGCGAAAUCUGGACGAUAUGAGGAAACAGAAGAACGACGCGUUGCGAGAGCUCAAAGAACUUAAGGAGAAGAUGGAGAGCCAGCUGGAGAAGGAGGCCCGCUUCUGUCAGCUAAUGGCCCACAGCUCUCACGACUCGGCCAUCGACACAGACUCCCUGGAGUGGGAGACAGAGGUGGUGGAGUUUGAGAAAGACAGGGAUGACAUGGAUUUGAAGGCACUUGGGUUUGAUAUUGCUGAGGGGGUAAAUGAUCCGUAUUUACCAGGAGAUUGUGGAAUAUUUGUUACGAGGGUGGACAAAGGAAGUAUCGCAGAUGGAAGGUUAAGAGUGAACGAUUGGUUGUUGAAGAUUAAUGACAUUGACCUGACCAAUAAGGACAGGAAGCAGGUGGUGAAGGCUGUCCUUAAUGGUGGAGGAUUGAUCAACAUGGUGGUACGAAGAAGGAAGUCUCUGGGAGGAAGGCUGGUCACUCCUGUUCACAUCAAUCUGGUGGGACACAAAGACAGUGGUAUUGGUCUGGAGAGCGGGGUGUUUGUCACCGCUAUCGUCCAGGGCAGUCCCGCCGCCAGGGAAGGUUCUCUCACAGUUGGAGACAGACUGAUCGCUAUAAAUGGCAUUGCUCUGGAUAACAAAUCUGUGACAGAGUGUGAGGCUCUGUUGAGGAGCUGCAGGGACUCUCUUAGCCUCUCUCUCAUGAAGUUCUUCCCUCACAGCACGUCAGGUCAGAACAUCUUUGAAAGUCUGCGUGAGUCGUCAGAAAAGUCCAACGGGCGCAUUCACCUGUCAGAGAUUCACUCCCGGAACAGCCGCAACCUCAAACACAACAGCUCGACACAGACUGACAUCUUCUGCCCCGAUGUUGGGAGCACUAGCACAAGUAGCAUCUCUGGGGAGAGGAGGAAGGUCAGAGGUGAAUCUGAGGAGGUAUACAGCGACAUCAGCAAGCCAUUCUCCACAGGUUCCCUCCACGCCACCAGCCUUCGGCCGGCCUCUGACUUGGGCACUGGACGCUACGGGCCCAGUGCUUUCCAAGAGUGCUGUCCCUACCCAAAGGGGCCUUCCUCCUUGCCCUUUGACCCUGUCUCGCCCUCAGACUGCAUCACAAUGGAGACAACCCUGGAGAAGAAGCACAGUGGGGGUACGUGGCCCAAGAUGAUGGUUGGAGGUAUGUCUGUUGCACCAGAUAACUCCAGUCCAGUCACAGCUGCAGCCCAGCUCUCCAUCUACAAAUCGCCCAAGCAGAGGAAGUCCAUCUUCGACCCAGACACUUUCAAACGCCCUGAAACACCUUCCUCUAAGAUGGAGUACAUGGCAGCCAAUCAGAUUGCAGCAGUAGCUGCCGCUGCUGCAGCUUCCCAUUCCCCUCAGCCUUCGAAGACAGAGUCCCUCUCCUCCUCAUCCACCCCUACCCCAACCCCUCCUACCCCACCCACUCGCAGUGACUCCUUUAAGUUCAAACACAAACAUCAAAGCAGCUCUGCCUCUGACUGCACGAUCACCUCAGACGGCAAGGGAGAGGCUCGAGAAAGAGACAGGAAUGGAAACCACUAUUUCCUGGACGGCAAGGUCCUGACCUCGAGGAAGUCUUGUGACGAGGACAUCGGCCGAACCAGAGGGGAGGAGCCAGAGGUGAAGAGACCACGCCCUAAAUCUGCCCCUGCCCUCCGACGUAGGAUGACCCCCCAGACCAUCACUCUUCCCACCUUCCAAAGCUACUCUAACGACGAGCAUUCACCAGAGCCCAGGGACAUGCUGCGUUCCUCCCCCAGCCGAUCCCAUAGGCACAGUGUCGGAUUCGUCCCCACGGUCUACAAUGGCACCCUACCUCCUAAUUCAGCCCACCGGGGGCUGGCUCCUUGCCCCGCUGUGACUGCCGUGAUGAGGAAUCCGGUGUACACCGUGCGCAGCCACCGCGUUCAUACCAGCAACUGUCCAUCUGUCGCCUCCCAGAUAUGUCACCAGCACACCCACACCAGCCCCCAACACCAGGGUCGUCUGAGCCUGGACCUAAGCCAGCAGAAGCGCACAAGUGACUACUCUGAAUCCUCGUCGUCGCGCAGCAGCAGAGCUUCACACGGUACAAACUCACUGCCCUCCAGUGCACGGCUCGGUUCUUCCAAUAAUGUCCAGUACCGAACAGAGAGGAUCAAAAUCCCUUCCACUCCCCGCUACCCCCGCUCCAUGCUGGGGUCAGACAGAGGCUCCCUCUCGCACUCUGAGUGUAGCAGUCCCAGUCUCAUCACACCUCCACAUUCGCCACUCAAUCUAGAGACUUCCUCGUUUGCCAGCAGCCAAUCACAAGGUUCCAUUUCCACCUUACCUCGGAUCUCAGUCAGCCCUGUGCCAAUAGGGGAGCGCAGGAAAGACAGGCCAUACUUGGAGGAGCCCCGCAAUGUCAUCGUGCACAAAGGUGCAGAGCCUCUCGGCAUCUCCAUCGUCGGUGGGGAGAACGGAGGAAUCUUUGUCUCUAAAGUUACUGGAGGCAGCAUCGCCCACCAGGCAGGAUUGGAGUAUGGAGACCAACUACUGGAGUAUAACGGCAUCAACUUGCGGAACGCUACGGAGCAGCAGGCUCGUCUCAUCAUCGGCCAGCAGUGUGACACCAUCACCAUUAUGGCCCAGUACAACCCACACAUGUACCAGCUGGGCAACCACUCUCGCUCCAGCUCCCGUCUGGAGCCGGUCAGUACUCAGUCGACUCCCCAAGGAAGCGGGGCCGCCACCCCCGACAAUCACUCCACCAUCGACACACUCAGCGAACAAGACGAGGGCACGCUCACUCCCUCCUCCAAACAGACCACACCCACUACCAGCCCCCACAAUUUCAUCAGAAUGCCGUCUGAGGGCAGCAGGAAGGUGGGUGAGCCACGGCUCGUGACGGUGCGCAGGCCUGGAGUGGAGGUGGGAGUCGCACUCUGCGGAGGGAACCUACGGGGCGUCUACAUAGAGAGCCUGGAUGAGGACAGUCCUGCCAGAGGCCCUGAUGGGCUGCUGCCUGGGGACCUCAUCUUAGAGUAUAACUCGGUGAAUAUGAAGAAUAAGACGGCAGAAGAGAUGUACGUCGAGAUGCUGAAGCCUGCAGAGAUGGUCACAUUCAAGGUGCAGCAUCGGCCAGAUGAAUUCAGCAUGCUCAAAGAUGUUCCAGGAGAUGGCUUUUAUAUUAGAGCACUUUACGACCGGGUGGGGGAGGCCGAGGGGGACCUCAGUUUCAAGAAGGAUGACAUCCUGUACGUGGAUGAGUCUUUACCAAAGGGCAGCUUCGGGACCUGGAUGGCCUGGCAGCUAGAUGAGAACGCACAGCAGAUCCAGAGGGGGCAGAUCCCCAGCAAGUACAUGAUGGACCAAGAGUUUUACCGCAGACACAGUGUGACAGAAAUGAAGGAAGACUCCAGCAAGACUCUCUCUGCAGCGGCCCGCAGAUCCUUCUUCAGAAGGAAACAGAAACACAAACGCAGCAGCUCCAAAGACAGCAAAGAGAUGGUGGCUCUGGACGCCAUCAGCACAGACUCCAUCCCUUUCCUUGAUGACUGCGUGAGCUUGGCGUACCAGCGGGUCCAGAAGGUGGAGUGCACCUCUCCCCGACCGGUACUCAUCCUCGGGCCGCUCACUGACCCAGUCAAGGAGAUGCUCGUGAAAGAGUCUCCUGGGAAGUUCUGCAGAUGUGUACUGGAGGUGAUGAAGGCAUCCCAGCAAGCCAUCGAGCGGGGCGUCAAGGACUGCCUCUUCAUAGACUACAAGCGCAGGAGUGGCCAUUUUGAUGUGACCACGGUUGCUUCUAUAAAGGAAAUAACAGAUAAGGGCUGUCACUGUUUGCUCGACAUCGCCCCGCACGCCAUCGAAAGGCUCCACAGCGUUCACAUUUAUCCAAUUGUUGUCUUCGUCCGCUACAAAAAUGCCAAGCAGAUCAAGGAGCAGAAAGAUCCAGUUUAUCUGCGGGACAAAGUCUCUCAAAAACAUUCCAAGGAGCAAUUUGAAAGUGCACAGAAGAUAGAGCAGGAGUACAGCAAAUUCUUCACAGGUAUUGUCCAAGGUGGCACCCUCCCUUACAUUUGCACUCAGAUCAUGACUAUAGUUGAUCAAGAACAAAGUAAAGUCCUGUGGACUCCACUUGGCUGCCCCUAGAGGAGACUGGCUGCCACUACAGCAAGCUGCAGCUUUCAUCUCCAUUCCCCAAACACUAAUUAACUCUUUCACACUAUACCAAUAGGUACCCUACAGCGAGCUAGUUAUGUAAAUUAUUGAUAUUUUUUUAUUUAUGAUUUAUAAUCAGAGCCUCCUUUAUUUCUGAUGUACUCCGGAGCAGGUUAGUAGCACUGGAUCUCGACGUUAGAGUUCAUUGAGUCUUCCCUAAGGGUUUCUGGUGGUGUAUUUGUAAUGCUGCAUUAUAAGCAUCCGUUUACAGUCAAAAGACGAGUCUGAGUAUUGAUGUUCAAUAUUUGCUUGAAUGCGUGUCCCUCCCCCUGUGUACACAAACCUCAACACUAAUGAAGUUCAGCAACCCCUGACCCACCCGUGUACCAAAUGACAUUUGUGGUUUCCCUACAAAUAUGCACCCAUUUGACAACGACUGACAACUAAUUGUGUGUGUGUGUGUGUGUGUGCGCGCGUGCGUGUGUGUGUGUGUGUG